GUUGAUAUCUGGCCAGAUCUACCCUUCCACCAGAGGUUAUGGCUGAGGACUUUGAAAAGAGGAGAGAACAGGGACACACGGAUUAUUUUUGGAGAGAAAUAAUGCGCUGAUUUGCGCACUGCAUUCAUGCAAUAUGUUUUGAGACAAAGGCUGUACAGAGUAAGUCUGAUUCUCUUACUUUUCCAUGUUUUAGAAGCAUCUUUAGUUUCCAAAAUAUUUUUAAGGGUUAAUUUUACCACAAUCAACGCCAAAGCUCAGAUAUUUGGUAGACUGCAUUGAAUUCUGCUAAAACGCACCUGUUUUGACCAAUUAAAUAGGUCUGUUUCUUGCUCGUCAUUUGAUUUAAAUCCUUUGACAUCACGGAAAAGUAGUCCAAGACGGAGCGUAACGGUGCGCUGGAGUCCUUAUGGCAUUAUUGAAUUGUUUUUUAGGCUCGGAAUUAAUAAGGCAUCGAAACUGCUACAAUGUCACAUGCAGAGGUUGAAAUCGCAGGACCCAGCUUCCCCGGCCUCUCUGUAGAUAUGACCGACGAUUGCUUACCCCGGGUCCCAUCGGUGUUGAGGACGAACACCUUGGGCGCAAGGAGAAACUCUUACGGGCUGCACAAAAUCAGUAUGGACAUUGAUUCGCCUCUUUAUGGCGGCGCCCUCUCCAAAGCCUUGUCCUGGUCAGCUGAGAAUAUUGUAACACUGACCGAGUCCAGAGCGGAGGACGAGAAAACGGACGAGUCGCUCCCGUCGCAGUCCCCCGUCUCCAGUCCGGGCACCAGCUCCAACACGCCCCCCUUCAGCCAGGGCACCGACGCCGGGCCCCGGGCUGGCAACUGGGUCCCGGGACCCGCUGCUCAUGAUGCCAGCUCUGACUCUGAGAAUGAAGCCGCUCAGAGUAAACAGCAUAAGAUCUUGUCGCGCAUCCAGUUUGAUGCGAAAUGGGAGCAGGAAGAGAAAGAGGACGUGGAGACCAAAGCUGUGGCAACCUCACCUGACGGACGGUAUCUCAAAUUCAACAUAGAGAUUGGGCGGGGGUCUUUCAAGACAGUCUACAAGGGACUGGACACGGAGACCACAGUGGAGGUAGCAUGGUGUGAGCUACAGACGCGGAAGCUGACCAAGGCAGAGCGGCAGCGCUUCAGCGAGGAGGUGGAGAUGCUGAAGGGGCUCCAGCAUCCCAACAUCGUCCGCUUCCACGACUCCUGGAAGUCAACGGUGAAGGGCCACAAGUGCAUCCUCCUGGUGACUGAACUCAUGACCUCAGGCACCCUCAAAACGUACUUGAAGAGGUUCAAGGAGAUGAAGCUGAAGCUGCUGCAGCGCUGGAGCCGUCAAAUCCUCAAGGGGCUUCACUUCCUGCACACGCGCACGCCUCCCAUCAUCCACCGGGACCUCAAGUGUGACAACAUCUUCAUCACCGGCCCCACCGGCUCCGUCAAGAUCGGGGACCUGGGCUUGGCCACUCUCAAAAGUGCCUCAUUUGCUAAAAGUGUCAUUGGAACCCCGGAGUUCAUGGCCCCGGAGAUGUACGAGGAGAAGUAUGACGAAGCGGUGGACGUCUACGCCUUUGGCAUGUGCAUCUUGGAGAUGGCCACCUCCGAGUAUCCAUACUCUGAGUGCCAAAAUGCUGCCCAGAUCUACCGCAAAGUCACCAGUGGAAUGAAACCUGACAGCUUCUACAAAGUCAAAGUCCCAGAGCUCAAAGAGAUCAUUGAGGGCUGCAUUCGUAUGAACAAAGAUGAAAGGUACACCAUCCAGGACCUCCUGGAUCACACCUUCUUCCAGGAGAACAACGGCGUGCACGUGGAGCUGGCCGAGGAGGACGACAUGGUGAAGUCGGGCCUGAAGCUGUGGCUGCGCAUGGACGACACCAAGAAGCUGCACGGGAAGUACAAGGACAACAACGCCAUCGAGUUCCUCUUUGAGCUCUACAAGGACGUGCCCGAGGAGGUGGCUCAGGAGAUGGUCGUGCUGGGCUUUGUGUGUGAGGCAGACUUCAAGCUGGUGGCAAAGGCCAUACGGGACAGGGUGACGGCCAUCAAGCGGCAGAGGGAAAAGCUGAGGAGGCAGGCAGAGGAGCAGAAGAAGAAGCAGGAACAAGAGGCCAUCGAGGAAGAGCCGGAGCUGCAGCUGCCCUCACCGAAAGUCAACGAACCUGUCGCAGCCGAGAGCCCCACCCCGGCCCAGACUCCUCCGACCCCCAUCCUGUCCCCUGUCAACAGCUCUGUGGACUCUGGAGUCAGCUCCAACUUCCCCGCAGAGCCAGAGGAGCCCGAGGCAGAUCAACACUUCCACAUCCGCCACAACAGCUGCUCCUCUGCUAACUCUGACUGUGAGACGGAUGGCUAUCUGAGCUCUUCGGGGCUUCAGGAUCCCUCGGAGGCCCGCAGCCUCAACGCUCCCCCAACGCCCCCCACCACACACACAGACACCCCGCCUGCAAAUGGCCUCCCCAUCCCGGCCCUACGCUUCCCCUCGAGUAUUGCGGUUUCCAGCAACACAGAUCAUGGCAACUCGGGUCCCCCCAGUGGCUUCAGCUCUCCUGUGGACAGCUACGCCUCUGAUGUGACUUCCGGGUUGAGUGACGGCUACGAGGGCCUAUCAGAGAAGAGCGGGAAAACAGCCGCCAGACGGACAGCCGGGAAGCUGUUCAGGAGGAGGGCCCGGUCAAGGCUGCGCAUCACAGGGCUCUCUGAUAAAGUGGACCGGGUGGUGGAGUGUCAGCUGCAGACCCAUAACGACAAGAUGGUUACCUUCAAGUUUGACCUGGAUGGAGAUAACCCCGAGGACAUCGCCGCUGUCAUGGUGCACAAUGAAUUCAUCUUGCCAUCAGAGAAGGAGGGCUUCAUCCACCGCAUGGGUGACAUCAUCAAGCGGGCGGAGGCUCUGAUGGCGAAAGAACAAUCUGUCCAUUCCAGUGGGCAUGGUCCACCCCGGCCUCCUUUCCACAGUGGAGUUAACUCAUUGUCCUCCUCACAGCCUAAUCUGCAUAGUCACAGCCUGGCUCGGACACACUCCUCCUCCUCUCUGCCUGGGUCUCCUCUCCACUAUCAACAGCCCCACCACCCCACCUCUCUCCUGCCUCACCACCAACACUAUCAACUGCCAUUCAUGGGCCACACACACUUCCCAUUCCCGUACCCAAACUCCCCUGGAUCCCCCAAAGCAGCAGGGAUCCAUGCUCCCCUCACACGUGUAGCCAGCAACCCCACCAUCCCUACAGCCCAUUCCCCAGCUCCAGGGUCGCCUAGCCCCCUGACGGAGACCCCAAGCCCAGGCAGCAGCGAGGGCACCUCCAUGUCCCCUCCUGCACAUCAGCAUCCCAAUAUGUGGCCCCCCCAAACCCAGCCCCUCUUUUCCCUGGCUAAUGUCAUCUCCAUGGCCAUGAGCAUGGCACAGUCUUUCAUUCCUCCUGCAAGCCUGCCCGCCCAGGGAAUGCCCUCCAUCCAAGGCUUCCAUCCCCAGCUGCCACCUCACAUGGCUCCACAGUCAGGCUACCCAUCUGUCUACCCACCGCAUUACCAGACCUCACCAACAGAGGUCCCGUAUGCCACAGGGGGCAUCCCAGCACAGCCUGGUGUCUACCACAGCCCUGACAGCACGCUGCAGAUGGAUCCAUCUGUGUAUCCUCAGAGCGGACAUCCCGGCUGGCCACAUUCCAUCUCUCCCCCUUCCAUGCCUUCCGUCCCUCCGCAGGUUCCUCAAGAGUCUCUGCAUCAGGCUGGAUCGUCCAACCCCCCCAGCCUGGCCCAGGACGACAGACUCCGCAACUACACAGUCCCGUACCCAGCUCCGGAUCCAGCCCAGGCCAAACCCAAAUCUGAAGGCUCCAGUUCAAACUCCUCCUCAGAUCUUUCCCCGUCACCCCCAGAGAGCCCUGAAAAUACUUUAUCAUCCUUCAACACUCAGUUGCGUUCUCCAGUACCUGAGAUGAAUGCCAGUGGUCUUAAACCGAAAGCCUCUUCCAAUGACUCUGAAGUCCAGUCUGCACCAGUGACUGUUGGGCGCUUCCAGGUGACGCCCAGCAUGGAGAUCCCUGUACCUGCUGUGCCGGGCGGUGCUGCCCCCGCCAGGCCUCAGUCAGUGAGCAGCAGCAGCACCUCCUCAGAGAGCAGCACAGAGGAACAGGGCGAGUCGGAGACAAGUCUGGGCACUUCCCUCACCAUGUCCCCACCUCAUCCCAAUCCACACAGAGGCUCCACAGGACUCCUUCAGGACUUGGACGGUCAGGCGGGGUGGGCUGGGAACCAGGAGCAGCAGCAGCAGGACAGAGAUGAAGAGGAGGAAGAGGAGGAAGAGGAAGAGGGAGAGGAAAAAGGGGCAGAGGAGCGACAGAGGUCGAGGAGGAGGACUCGGAGGAGGGCGUGCAGCCUCAGCCUGAUGGGAACGUCAGCAGACAGUGGACUCUCUGUGAUGACUGCUGAGACGGAGGGGAGGCUGUGGGAUGGAGGGGCUGGCAGCCCACAGUACAACAAUACCCUGCAUCAUUUAUGGAUGAUGACUUACAGCCGCAGCACUCCCUACCUGAGCAGCGAUGACUCAGACAGCGAUGACUCAGACAUGCUGGAGGAGCUGGAGGAACUCAGAGAGAAGCACCUGGCGGAGGUGCAGACCCUGCAGGCUGCCCAAAAGCGAGAGAUUGAGGAGCUUUAUGAGAGGAUGGGGAAAGUUCCUCCACCAGGCAUCGUCUCUCCUGCUGCUAUGCUGUCCAGUCGACAGCGGCGCCUGUCCAAGGGUAGCGGCUUCCCCACUUCCCGCAGGAAUAGUCUCCAGCGCUUGGACAUACUGCCACUCCAAGGUAUUAUUAGGAGGAACUCUCUCGGGGGCAGUAGCAGCAGCUCCCAGGAUAAACACAGCAAAGGGGUCACCUUUGCCGCUGACAUUAGUAGAAUGUAAGAAACUUCAGCCAAGCACGCUGUAUAUUUGGACUACCUCAUCUGAAGUGUGACUGCAGUAGUCAAACCAUCCUGUACGAGGAACGCUUUUACCCUUUCACUGGCGCUGCAAGAAGCAAACCACCUCCGUCUGCCCGUGGUCCAAGGGUUCUGCCAGUGGUCAUUUACCUCAGACUAUAUACACUGUCAGCCACAAGUCUGGAUUUACCCAGGAUUAACAUCCGAUUUUCAACCCUACAUCACUCACAUCUGGUGAUUUCAAUGUAUGUGAAGCAUGGAAUGCAAACUGAUCCGGGUCUCGUUUGGCUCGAAACUGAUCAGUUCUUUUUGAUCGAGACGACUGUCAGACCCAACGGUUCACACUGAAACAGGAUGCCACAGUACUCUGCAAAAUGUCACAACAGUUUGGUGCAAAUGUUUUCUCUGAGCAAGCUUUUUGCAUAGGACAGUCAAGUGAUGGCACAAAGUGCUACAGAGUUGUGGCCUGCAGGGCCACAGCACCAGAUACUAUGACUUUAAUCCAGAAUGAUGGAAAUCGUUUUCCUGCUUGUUUGACCUGCAGCCAUUCUAUCACAUAUCUAUCUUUGCACAGUAAUGUGAACUGCAACAAGGCUCUGACACUUUCACUGACAGUUGUCAUAUACAUGACAAUGAUGAAGAUAAUCUCACAAUUUAUUUGCUGUAGUUUAUUGUCUCAGCACCUGCUGACUGCACACUGAAUACACACCCUUUAGUAUAGCUGAGGUUACUGCCUUCCAGAGGCUGACAAGAGCAGUCUAAAUGCAUCGUUGUACAGUUUAGUAGAUGCCGGCUUAUCUCAACAUUUAUUUUGAAAACAUUAUAUUCCGGUACAUGAUGUUCUUCAGUUGUUUCGACACAUCGCCUGACAGAAUGACCUACACUCUCUCACUCACAGUUGAGAGAGAGAGUUUUAGAUGAACUGAAUAGGAUUUCAAUUGGUGAUGCUUCUUUAAAUCUGUAGGACAGCAUGAAGAGAUAUUAACUGCUCUCCCAACAUUAGAAGAUGUAAAUCAUGGGCAAGGGGAGAAAAUAAUCAUAAAAUGUAAAAAAAAAAAAAAAAAAAUCUUUGCAAAACACAUUUUUUGAAA